AUGCCUGCUUCAGACUACAACCCGUUCGCUAAACGGGAAGAAUUCUCAAGCCGCAAUCUGCUAGCCUACAAGAUCCUUACUGUCCUCUCAUGGCUCCUGCUCGUCGUUGUGGGCGUUUACUACACAUUCGACAGCCCUCAUGAUCAUUACAAGCACCACCAUAAUCAUACUAUUUGGGGACAGAACAAUCACAGACGAACACCCUUCAGCCUGAACUCUGUUGUGGUUAGCAUCUACUGGGUGGUUGUGUUGAUUUUGCAGGCACACUAUGUGAGAUAUCUAUACAGUGCAGACAAGACCUUUGUCACCAGCGCUGCCAAUGUCGGAAGUCAUUUCAUCGUGCACAACCUCCUCAGCACUGCCUUCAUCCUUCUCUGGGUUAGGGCUUUCUUCUGGCCGGCCGAGGUGUUUCUCAUUCUCAACUUGUUCAACCUUACCCUGCUCUACUUCCGCCAUCCCACCACCCCACGAUUCGUUCACAUCCCUAUCGUCUCUGCUCCAUUGGCUUGGACUUAUAUUGCAAUCCUCUGGGAUGGCGCAGCUGCUGUCAAUGCAAGGUCGCUUCCAGCCAGGAUUGUUGCCAACCUCUUCAUCUGGGGAAUUCUGGUCCUGGGCGGCUUCUUCCUUCUCACCUAUAAGGAUUACACCAUUGGUAUUGAAUUGGCAAUUCUAUCGUUGGCAAUUGCCAUUGCUCAGCUUCAAGUUCAUGUCAUUGCCUUCCAAUGGAUCUUUGCCUUCGUCAUUGCAGGUGUCUUGUUUGUCGGUUCCCUUGUUAUUGGAGCUCCGCAAGUCUUUGGACAAGAUCGAAGUGUUCGACAAGAAGGUGCCAUCGUCAGUGAAGAUCGCGAACGUGCACCUCUUCUUGACGAUCAGUGA